ACUCGUGCUAAAAUGGCUAAAGCAAAUCAAUCCCAAGCUGCGACUGCGGCAAAUACUGCUGCUGCUCCAACCGAUGAGCCCAAGUUGAACUAUUUUCAGAAGUUGUGGAAAUAUCGUCAAUAUCUGGUGAUCGAACCGUUUUUCUUUCUCUAUGCGGCCGCAACUUUUCUCAAUACGAUUGCAUUGAAGAAUUUUCCGCUUGAGAAAGCAUGCCGCAUCAAUCUACACUUCAACGCUCCCACCUGCAUCGCCAUACUGGACAAGGGCGAAUAUGGUAUUGACUGCGACCCCUUUGAGGCACAACUUCAAAAUAUAACCGUUCAGGGACCGACACCCGAAGAGCUGCUGGCAGAUGUCAUGUCACCAAUUUUCAAUUUUACCGUUUGCAAAGCGGAAAGUCAGACGCAGAUUCUGAUGGCCGACGUCAACGGCAAGCGAACACCCAUCGCUUCCAUAUUCCCACUGAUCAUUUUACUUUUCGCUGGAGGCUGGGCAGAUAAAUACAAUAAGCGUAAGCCGGGAAUGAUAUUGCCAAUUGUAGGCGAGGGCCUUCACUAUUGUUGUCAGCUCAUAUCGUCGAUUUAUUUUGACAGUAUUCCCUUCGAGUUUGGCGCAUAUAUGGAAUCUAUUGUGCCGGCACUCUUUGGAGGUUUUACCUUCUGUCUGAUGUCUAUUUAUAGUUACAUGACAAUAACAGUGCCAGAAGAGGAUCGAAUCUUUCGCUUUGGCAUCUUUGCUAUGCUUGUAACAGCUUUGCCUUUCCUAAGUCUUCCCAGUGGAGCUAUCUUAAAUCUUUUGGGCUAUACGAAUUCUUUUAUACUGUGUGUGGUCUUCCAAGUUCUUGCCAUAAUCUACAUUUUAAUUUUUAUAAAAGAGCCCAAGCCUCUGACCAAGUCGAAAGUAGAGCCAACUGCUGCUGCACCUAGUGCUCCUCAAACUCAAAGCCACGCGGCUGAUAAUAUGGCCUAUGAGACAACCACCUUGGAUGAGGUACCUGUGAAUAAGAAUGUUAACUUUCAGUUGACUCCACAAUUGGAGCCACCAAGAGUCGAACCUCCCCCUGUGCCCAAAAGACGCAAUCUUUGCAAAGAACUCUUUGAUCCCACGCUACUGAAACAACUCAUCUAUUUCCCCUUUGCGAAACGAGAGAAUAAUGAUCGAUUUAUAUUGCUGCUAUUGAUAUUGGGAUAUUUCCUGACCACUGGACCAACAGCUGGAGAAGGCGAAUACUUUUAUCCAUACAGUUUAAAGAAAUUGGGAUGGAACGGUGAAGACAACAGUCUCUACGGUGCGGUUAACGGAGGAUUAGCUCUUAUUGGAACCUUCCUUGGCACUGCAGUCUUUAGUAAAAUAUUGAAGUUCUCGGAUUCAAUGAUUGGCAUGUGGUCUGCUUUGUUCACUGUCGCCUCUCGCUUCGUAUUUGCAUUUGCAACUAACUCCGGAGUGUAUUAUCUUGGCGCUGUGUUUGACAUGUUUGCCACAUUGCGUGUUAUCCCCAUUAAAUCCAUAGGAUCUAGCAUUAUUGCUGGCGAUGAACUGAGCAAAAUGUACUCGUUUUUCGGCAUUUGUGAACCAAUUGCAGGAUUCAUAUUUCCGCCCAUCUACAGUUCGCUGUACACUGCCACAAUCGACACAUUUCCGGGUGCCGUCUUUUUGUUUAGUGAAAUCUUUUAUGUACCCAAUGUGCUGGUUUUCAUUUGGUGCUACUUCUUAAUGCGUCGCCGUGCAGCGAAUGAUAAUGCCGUCGAAUUGGCUCAAAAAAAUGAACAAAAUGGACAACAAAAUUCCGGAACCGAGAUUACUAGUCUGUAGUUUAAAUAUGAAAUUUAUUUUUAAUAAUAUUGUACAUCUUAAAUCUACUUAUUAAAGUUACAAGAAAU